ACCUCACAAGCAAAGUUUCUGCAGAAAUGUAUGAUUCAAAAGUAUCUUUUACGCUAGACACGAUAUGUCCCUGGACCUUUAUCGCAAAGAAGCGUCUCGACCAAGCUCUUGAGCAAGUGCGUGCUUCUGAGGCAGGCUCCAAAUGUAAAUUCACAUUGCAUUUUGAGCCUUACCAGCUUCAUCCCGACUUUGUCGAAACCGAGAAUAAAGAUGCCUGGUACCUGCAAAACAAACACAUGGGUAAUCCCGAGGCGCAGAAGAUCUUCCAGGAACACAUGAACGGGCUCGUGGAACCACUGGGCACAAGGUUUAACUUUGGGGGCGAUAUGGGGAACACGGUUCAUGCUCAUCGCGUCAUUCAACACUUCCAAGAAAAGAAGGGGCCCGAGGUUGCCAAUAAACUAAUUGACGGCUUGUACCGGCGCUACUUUACCGAAGCUAAGCACCCUGCCGCUGAUUCCACCCUCAUUGGAGCUUGCGUGGAAGCCGGUAUUGACGAAGCUGAAGCUAAGAAAUUUGUGGAAGCUAAGGAUGAGGGUCUGCGUGAUGUCAAGAGCAAGAUUCGCAUGAUUUCUAUGGAUGUGGACGCAGUGCCUGUCGUCAUAGUUGAGGGAAAGCGACGAGACAUUACAUUGACAGGAGCCAAGGAGGUGGCAGAUUACGUCAAGACAUUGGAGACGAUUGCGAAAGAGAGCGGGUAAUUAACAGAUUGAUAUCAGUAAAAGAGUACAUUGAAGAAAUAAUAUAAAAAAGGGUCAUAAGUAUUGGCAUAAAAGAUGAAGAAUGACGUAGCAUCAUCAGGUCCAUAAAAAAGGGUCGUAACAUAACACAUUCAAGAAGCGUGUAAUAAAAUCAUGAUUGUCAUGACGUGCUUAGCCGCGAGCAAACAUGAGCGGAACUAGCAUGCUUGUUCUCGAGUUCAUGGAGUAUGUAUCCUCCAAUACCUCAUCACUGCAGCGUCCAGACAUGAAGUCGCGAUUGGCCAUGGACCUGCAAGCAGCAACGGCACCAGCAUCGGAUAUCUUGUCACCUUUGACGUUCUUCUUGACCGAGAAUUCACGGCCAAGCUUAUUGAUGACGGCUUCCUUGGCCCUUUGGAGAGCCGAACCUCGCGCCUCAGCGUCCUCCGCCAUCAUGCGGUGCGCCUCCUCCUGCUCAAUGUUUCGCUGGACUGAAGAGAUACCCUUGAUUCCAUUGAAUGGAUUCUUGGGAUCGUAAACAGCAGGCUGUAAGAGCACGGGCUGAGGAUCGUCAACGAGGAUCGGAGACGAGAUGUUGGCAUCGGGAAUGGGGAUGGGAGCCGAUACCACCUCUGGGAUAGUAGAGACAGAAGGCUUGCGGUAGCGGGGAGACCCGGAGCGAUUGGAGAGGACUGCGCUAGGGGAAGGAGGUGAACGUGGCAUGCUUUCCUCUCUGCUGCUGUAUGAGCCACGCGACGGUCUUGUAGGCGUAGUGGGGGCAGCUGUUGAAGGAGAGCGUUUAGGUGUGACUGGCCGAUCUGAGUGGCUGGAUUUGGGGGUGACAGGGCGCUCAGAGCGGCAGGACUUGGGAGUCACAGGACGUUCAUCGCCAGAUGUCUUGUCAUGAUGCUCAUCUGGGCGUCUUAGUCUGCGGCGCUUGCCUCGCUUCUUCUUCAGCGUGGUGCUGAAGCUAAGCGUAGACUGCCUUGAUACGGAAGCAUCGCAUGGGAAGUCGCCCACAGACUCAUUACCAAAGCCGAACGGAAAACCGCCGAUAUCGUGUUCGAAGAGCUCUCUGCCUACGGCACUGACAGCGGCACUGGGACUGGGAAGCUCAUCGUCGCUGCUGACUGGUCCGCAGUCGUAGGAAUUGAUGCGGCUGCUGCGUGACCAAGUGCGGUCAUUGUCCACAGGAGCCAGUGCAUCUUCCCAGGCAGCGUUGUUGCCAAGAUAGACAUUGUCAAAGUCAAACUCUUUGACUGUGUCGCGGUGCGAGGCAAUCAGGUCCUUUAGCUGGCAUGCGUUCAUGACGGCAUUGCGGAUCUGUAAGUGUCGAAGGUUGGGGAUGCGGAUGGGAGAGCGCGCAGGGCGGCAUGGAAGAGGGGACAUGGGUGAAGUGACCUCGUGGAAGAGCUUCUUGGACGCGCGAGGGGGAGCAAAGAGCGGAUCGGCAAACAAUGCAAUGGGGCAAGGACCGCGGCCACCCAGCCAAGUAAAUGACAGCUUCUCUAGUGUGGGGGACAGAGUGCGGAUGUAGUCGUCGAUGAUCUUGAGAUGAUCGAGACCAGGGGACGGGCCGUAAAAGUCCCACGACUCAAUAGCCAUGUGAAGCUUGCGAAUCUGCUUCCAGCGGCGCCCGGCAGACGGGACGCUCCCAAAGCCAGUUACAUGGCGGAGGUAGUUAAGUGCCGAGGGGUGCAGGGAAAGGGACAGCUUGUGCAGUUUGGUCAAUGGGGCCCUCUCGACAGCGAUGCGCAGGCUAAUGAGCGCAUAGUCGACAAUAUCGCGCCUGUACCGCUCCGCUGGGUUCUGGCCCGGGCAGCGCACCGUCAAGUGUCGCAGAUUAGGCAUGUUGGUCAUUGCAUGGAUGAAACUGGGAACAUUGGUAGCGGCAUGGAACAGCGGGGGAUACUGCUGUGUCAAGAUGUCGCCCAGCUCCGAGUUUGCAUACUUUGGCCGUGUAAGCGCUGAGUCCAUGCUCGUGUGCGGCGUGUAGAGGAAGCAGAUUUCCUCGCCAGUGGCCGGGUGGACCAGCGGCGGGAGGAAAGUAGAGUCAGAGUGGGAGAAGUGAAAGGUAAGAUGUUCGACAUGCUGGCCCACGCGGGAUAGCGCAGCCAGACGGCUCUGCUUGGUGAAUGUGCUGGCUGUGAAGGUGACAGUGAUGCGUGUGAAGAGGGGCUUGGUGAGGAGAUUGCAGCAUGCCGACGAGGCGCGGCGCAAAGAGCACAGAUCGGCUGUAGAUAGGUGUGGGAAGAGGUGGUCUUGGAUGUUUUGGCUGCGCAAGGCUGCCACCAGCAGCUGGGCUGUGGACGACGACAUGGCCAAUGCCGCGCCGCCUUGCACGGAUAGAGUUUCAAGAACCGAGAGUUGAAACUCUCAAUGCGGGAAUGAAACGAGUAAAAGAGACUAUGCGCAGGGGCAGGUAAGUGAGUUUGUAGGCAAAAUAAAGCAAAAGCUGUCGUGUGGUUGAUUGAUGUUGAACGUAUGAAGCAAUGAAAGUGUACGAAAGUAUGCAAAGUGUUGAUUGAUGCCUGACGAUAUCAAGUCUGAUGUAGAAAAUAGGAAUCAAGGCCGCCAGAAUAGGCCAGCAGCGGACCAAUCCCAGUAUAUAUCUGGCACCUGGGCUGCCUCUGGUCCUUGCAACUGAUCGCGCAGUAGCAGCGGGAUGUCCUCCUGUCCAUCCAUCGCUUACCUGUCUGUCCCAGCCACACCCCAACCCACACGAAGCCGCCCAGCUGUAGUUACAAUGCUGAGAAACAAAAUUCUCCUGGCUUCCCCCCGCUCCCGUGCGUCGUCCCCUGGCGCAGCUUGUCGAUGGCGCCCGCGCAGCCAAUGGUCGGUGAGUCACGUCAC